GUUAUAAUUUAGAUGAGAGGAUUUAUGAUUUGAUUAGUUAGAGAUUAGACUCUACCAAAGCAGAAGUGCAAAAACACUGACCUGUGGGCCUCUUCUCACUGUCUGGGUGUGGCAUUAACUGUCAUCACUUUUGGUCUUGUGAGCAUCCAGGUGUUAUUUGACAUGAGCUGAACUGGCAGCGAUCUCCAUUCCUGUCACUCACUGCUUUCUAUCUCUCCACCCAUGUUUUAUCUGUGCUCACCUGCUCUGCAUCACUCUGUCACAGGCCAUGGGAAGGAAACUGCAAAGCAUGCACUGCCCUGUUGUCACUGCCAAAGUUAAUUAACAAACAAAAGCACAAACAGGGAGGUAUUGGAGCCACAGAAUCACAUCUAAAAGCAGAAUUUCUUUGAUGUCUCAAAUUUUACAGGCUAAUAUUUUUAUUCUAUCUUUGCAUCAUUUCCUGUAAAUUUCUUUAUCUUUACCUUCACAGUUAGACACUUGAAGGGUCACUGUCUUACACCCACAGUCUGACUGACUCACUUUUCACCUGUCACUUCUCAUUAUGUUUUAGGAAACCAUCUUGCCCUCAGCAGGGGUGGAUCUACCUUUCUCUCUUUACCUAUCUGCAUGUCUGAAUCAGUAGAUCUCUCUUAGAGAAACUGAUUUCCAGAGCUGUAACGUCAGCAUGCUAACUUUUCUCUAACCUGAAAAUAAGGCUUUGUAUCCAUGGAUGCCUCCAACAGUGUGUCUGCGCUGUGGUACAGGACGUCCAAGCCGCUGGGGAAGGUAAGGCGACGUCUCCAAGACCUCCGCAUCCCUUCCUCCUCCUAUGAUUUCAUAUCUAGCAGCUCCACAGUGGACCUGAGCCACAACGAGAGCGCUCGUCUUGCAGCGGACUGUCUGCUCAGCCGGGGCUUGGAGGAUUACCACGAGGUGUUGAGAGCAGAGGGAGAAGUGGACUUUCUGUCAGAGCCAGAGAAGAAUUACAUCCUGAAGAAUGGGAGGGAUAGUCACACAGAUGAUCCUAGUGAGCAGCACGAUGAUGGCAAAGAGUUGGAGAGUUUAUCUGCUGGCUCAAACUCUCCCACACAGUGCUCUGAAGUGUCAGCAGACAGUGACUGUACUCUGGCAGAGUCAGACGUGAAAUCGAGCGGUCCUGUGUUGGUUAAACAGAUGAUUCAGGUUUUCUUCCCCUCAGACUGCAGGGCAGCUGGCAUGAAAGACCUGGUUAGGCAGUUCAUCAGAAAGGCUAAACUGGCCCUGGCUAUAGUGGUGGACAGCUUCAGUGACGUGGAGCUGCUUUGCGAUCUUCUGGAGGCGAGCAAGAAGAGAAACGUGUCUGUACAUCUGCUGUUGGACCAGCUGAACCUGAACCUGUUUGUUAGCAUGUGGCAGGACCUCAAACUCAACAGUAAAAACUUUCCUAAACUGUCAGUACACAGCGUCUAUGGACAGACCUACUGUGCAAAGACAGGCAGGAAGCUGAAAGGUCAGAUUGCAGAGAGUUUUAUCAUCAGUGACUGGACUGAAGUGCUGACUGGUUCAUACAGCUUCUCCUGGUUGUCCUGGCAGGUCCAUCGGAGUCUUGCUGUUCUGUUAAAGGGCAGCGCAGUCACAUGUUUCCUGCAGGAAUUUCACAGGCUGCACUCCAGCUCCAAACCCGUCACCGGCUUUGUCACCUUUAUCACUGUGCCCCACACUCUUUGCCGACACGCCACAUCACAUGCGGCUCUUCAUAGCGAUACUGGUAUCAGUAAGCAGACAUCAAACCAGACAGGUCUUCAGUGGGACUGGAAUAAAGAUGCUGAAAACACUCAGACAAAAGCAGCUGGGACAGUUCUACAUAAACCCCAGAGCCCAGCACUGGUGAGCAGCCGGGGGGAUAACCGACCUCAGCACAGAGCAGACACUGGUACACAAAUCCAAAGAAAACCUCUGCAGCUGUACCCGAAGCCUUUGAUUCAACCAGAAAUGGAGCGUGAGGUGCAGAGUAAAUCUGUGGAAAAGCCCAAAUAUACAAUGGAAUCUGGACACACAAGGCAUAAUGAAAAAGAGAAGAGCGAAUACCAGAUUCAGAGCCACCUAAACCUGCCUGAUCAUACCCACUACAUCAGCACUACAGCUGAAAAGAAUGCAGCGAUUCAAGAGUCAGACCCUCUGCACACUGUGUCCCCGACACACAGACAGCACAGGACUGUACUCUGUGAAACACCUUUGAAGAAUUCAAAUCUUGAUCCUGCAGACGUGUCUACCGAAGGGCUCUUCUUUCAGCAGAGGAACAGAAACACAAACCCUCUGAGGACUGCUGCAGACCUGAACACACAGAGAGGACAGCGGAGCUCCUCACACAGUUUCAAACCCAAACCGGAACUUCAACAUGCUAAUCCCAAACUCCACCCUCCUCCUACAACACAACACAAACAAGCAAACACCACUCAUCAGUUUCUUUUUACACCUCUAAGAGGACACACACCUGGUGUGCAAACCAAAUUCUCCUUUCUAGAAACCAGGAGGCAGGCUCAGCCACAGAGGUACUACCAGCCCCAGCUCCAACCACAAACUAUCAAAGAGCUUCCAGCUUCAACAGGAGCUCAUCUUAGGCCUCAGCUUCAGAAAGACCCAAAGCUCUUUCUUCCAGGUACAGCAGCCCAGAUUAAUCUUCAGUCCCACGCUUUCCAGCAGCCUAAUCCCCUUUGGAGGCUAAACUGGAGCCCCCAGAAUCAUCCUAUGGAGCGUCACAGCUCCUUCAGGACCCCCCAUAGGAUGGGACAGAUGGCUGGCUGGGGGCCUUUACAGAGCAGCAUGAAUACACCACUGAGAAGAAGCAAGAGUAUGAACGAGAGACAGACAGCAGGGUUCAGUCUAAACAGAACGUUUAGCUAACUCUAUAUUGGUCACAUUUAUCCACCCACAGACACACAGGAGCUGCAGCUAUAAAAACAACACAAUAUCCUCAUAAGUUUCACUGAGCUUGGGUGAUAUUUUAAUGUAAACCUCUUGAAAUUAUACUAGACCAAGAGAUGAGCUUAUUAUUGCUACAAGUCCAGCAGCUGUAUCUGCAUAUUUUUGUUAAAAUAAAAUAUAACUUCAUGACAACGUGUAAUCUGUUACAUGUCUUUAAUCCUGAAAGGUGUGUUAAAGUAGAACAUUUGGGGUAAUUUUACAGCUGCUACACACACUCACGAAAGUGCUUUCUGUUAUUAAACAUCUGCUAAGGUUGAUGUUGAGUGGAGCGAUGUGAGGAGUUAAUCUGUUGCCACUAACGUGAAGAGAACAAACAACAAGCCUACACUGUCCUGAGAGAUUUUAUUAUCUGCAUAAUGCUCAGAACAGCUUGUCUGAUACAAACAGCAUCUGAAACAGACUUUUUUUUUAUCAGAAAUAUAGAAAUACUGUGUUUAAACUAACAACCACAAGCAACAUGUGAAGCAGAACAUGAAGCAGUUAAAAUAAUUCACUUUGUUUCAUGGUUUAAUGCAAAAAAGAGUCACUGCUGUACAGUUAUUGAAAUAGUGAUGGCUUAGUCACUAUGCUCUUUGUCUGAACCAUCUUCAGCUGGUUCUUCACUUCCUUCCUGUCUGUGUUCACCUUUGUAAACAGUCAACACUGCAGCAUGAGGAUAUUGUGUUUCAUGCUGCUGCCCGUCAGUCUCUAACACGCCUGUCAGUAAGAUCUUGUUCCACCAGCGCUGUCUGAAGCUGUGCAAAGAGACACUGGUCAGGCUCUCCCCAUCCUGGUAGUCCUCCCUCAUCUUCUCUAGGAUCAGGUCCUCUGACAUCACCAAGAUCAAAGAGAGAAAAACUGUUGAUUUAUAAAAAGGAGCCAAUUUAAUCCAAACUGUCUGGAAUUUAAGCCUUGUGACAAGAGCAACUUUAAAUACAAAAAAACCUGAAAAAUUACAUUUUGUAGGUCUUAAAGGCAAAUUAAAUGACAAAAUAAAGGUGAAAGAAAAUUUGUCAAGUUCUUCUUAA